AAUAUAAUCUACCUUAAAAAAAUGUCUUAUGAAUGUGUCACAAAACACAUUCAUGUAAACGUCAAAUUUAUUUUUACUGUUUGUCACUCAAGAAAUUUUUAUAUUAUUGUAUUAUUGGUAAUGUUUUUAACCCCGGAUAAGUAAGAUUGACAACGUCCCAUUCUUGGUAGAAUGACCGAAUCGGCAAAAUCAAGCGCCAGAGUUAAUACAAAACCCGUGAAUGUAUUUUAUGUUUGGUACGCCGAAUUGUGUCGCCGUUUAAAUAGCAGUCCAGCGCCAAUUGUUAAACCUACGAGGAAUAAGUGCAAAACGGUAUUGGAUUUUGUGGCAGAUAGACUAAAGUUGGAAGACUGGAGUCCAGUUAUAAAUGCUUUACGUCAUGAUACUAGUCUUCACGUCAUUAAUAUAAGAAGUAGAAUUAGUAAGUGUGCAUUUUUACAUGAUGUUGAUACAGAAGAAAAAGCAAAAAAAUUAAAACGAAAAUAUGGAACACUAUGGACGGCGUACAUACUUAAAAAUUUACUUAGGUCACUUUCUUGUUCCAUUAAGAAUACUCAAGUAUUGACUUGCUUGGAACUAGAUGGUUUACCAUUAUUUAGCGAAUAUCUUGAACCACUCUUGCAAGCCUUGAAAAAGAAUGGUACUGUAAAAUCAUUAUCAUUUUCAAAUUGUCCCAUUAAUGAUUUGGGAUGUGAAUUGGUAUGUUCGUAUUUAAGAUAUACACCUAACGUAGAAAUAGUUAAUUUAUCAGCAGUUGGUUUAACCCCAGUAAGUGGCAAACAUUUAGCAAAACUAAUUAAAUUUCAACAAAUUAAUAGAUAUUGUGAAAGUUGGCAUAGAUCUUUGAGGUAUGAGAACCCCAAUAGUACUACUAUGAGGGGUAUUAAAAGAAUAUCUUUAAACCGUAAUGAAGAACUCGGAGAUGAAGGCGUAUCUUAUAUAUUAAACGAACUUGAAGAUGAUUUGUGGAUAAAAGCAUUAGAUUUGCAAAAAUGUGGUAUAACUGAACAACUAGCAAACAAAAUUAUUGAUUUAUUAGCCUAUGCAAAAUCAUUAGAGAUAAUAGAUUUAAGACAAAAUGAAAAGGUAAACCCUCAAACAAUUAAUACAAUUUUCCAAAUACUAAAAGAUAAACAGUCUGAAGAUUUCGAACCCGAAUAUCAAUGGUGUAAUACUGCCCAAACUAUAUCGUUUAAUUCCCUUGGUAGUUCAUCUGACUUUUCAUUGACCGAUAACAAAUCCAUGCUAUCUGUUCACAAGAUGAAGUUAUCUGAAAGUAAAAACAAAAUUAAAGAAGAAAAUGAACGAGAUGCUAAAAGUGUACAUUCGCUUUGGCCAAGUUCUUCUCGAAAGAAUAUAAACGAAAAAAAUAAAAUAAGAAUAAACCCACAAGUUAUUUAUGAACCGACUAGACGAAAAAAAAUACUAGAGAUCAAAAAAUGUUUAAAUGAUUACAAAAAUGGAGAUAAUGUACAAGAUACAUUUAAAAAAGUCAAUAAUUUUAAAACAAUAGUAAGUCCAAUAGAAAAAUUCAAAUCUGGAAUAAAUUCCAAUUUAAUGCUGAAAAAUGUGGAAGCAAAUGGAGUGAAGCCUAAAAAGGAAAACUCCAAAAAAUCUCACAGAAUAAAUAAAAAAUCAAAAUUUCCAAUGGAAUAUAAUGGUACCGUAAAAACUAAGGAAAUUAAGAAGGAAUGUGAAAAAUUUGCUGAUAACAAUACUGAUGAUAUAUCACAGAAUAUUCAAGAGAAUGGAGUUCAGAAAAUUUUAGAAAGUAAAUUACUUAAAGCCAGUCAUGAUCAUAAAAAUGGUAUAAAUGGUAUUAAUCCUGCGAAUGGUUUUUGCGAUCCGUCAAACUUGUUUGAGAAAUUGAUGAAGAGUUGUACAGCCUUAGACGACACUGUUGAUGAAGAUGAAGGCCUUUUAAAUAUUUUGAAAGCUUCAGAACCUAAAAAUAAUGUUCGAGAGAUAUUAACUAGUCAAACAUCACUAAUACAUUGUAUGGACAAUCUUGAAAUAGAAAGGAGUAAUGAAAAAUAUAAAACUAAAACCAAUCACCCAAUGUAAAAUUUGUAAAGAUAUAUAUUAUAGACUUAAGUAUUUUACAUAUAUGUUUUUUACUAGUUAUACACUACCAGUGACAAAUUAAACAUUAUAUAAAAUGUA